ACUGUAUAACCACUCUUUCUUUCUUUCUUUCAUUCAUUGCCUUUGGAGUCGAAUGCGUUGCAUUACGCUCUUGCUGGCCAUCGCUGCCGUUUCCAUUGCCGCCGUGCAAGCGAGCCCUGCGGCCGUUCCGUUCGCGUCGCACGGCCGCCGCCUGCCGCUGUCUGUCGCCGCCGGCCUUCGCUCCACCCCUGCCGAGGCCACGUCGGAACGCCUGAAGGGCCAGUACAACUACGAUGUCAAGUGGUUUACCCAAACGCUCGACCACUUCCGCUUUGACACGAACGCGACCUUCCAGCAGCGCUACCUGAUCAGCACGGCCAACUGGAAUGGCUACGGACCAAUGUUCUUCUACACUGGCAACGAAGGCGACAUUGAAUGGUUUGCCGACAACACUGGCUUUGUGUGGGAAAUCGCUGCCGAGUACAACGCACUGGUCGUGUUCGCUGAACAUCGCUACUAUGGCCAAACGAUGCCAUUCGGAGACAAGUCGUUCGAUCUGGACAAGGUCGGGUAUCUGACGACCGAGCAGGCCCUCGCGGACUUUGCCAUCUUGAUUCCGGCGCUCAAGGCGCAACUCAACGUGCCCAACCUGCCGGUCGUCGCGUUUGGUGGCUCGUAUGGCGGCAUGCUUGCGGGCUGGUUCCGCCUCAAGUACCCGAAUGUGGUUGAUGGAGCGAUUGCCGCAUCAGCCCCGAUUGUCUACUUCCAGGAUCUGACGUCGACUGAAAUCUUCAACGAGAUUGCCACCAAUGACUUUGCCCUCACUGACGCGCGCUGCCCCAACAUCAUCCGUGACGGCUUUAGCAAGGUCGACGCGCUCUCCAAGACCGCCGCUGGUCUCCAGUCCAUCUCCAAGGCCUUCAAGCUGUGCGGCACUCUGCAGCCCGCCGAUUACGCUACCUUCAUUGGCUGGCUCGAAGCGGGCCUGACGUACAUGGCCAUGACUGACUAUCCCUACGCGAGCAACUUCCUCCAGCCCAUGCCUGCCUGGCCAGUCGACGCCUCCUGCAAGGCGCUUCUUUCUACUUUUGCUGGAACCUCUGACUCGGUCGCUGCCUUGAACACGGCCGUCGGAGUCUACUACAACUACACUGGCCAAACCGCCUGCAACAACAUCAGCUCCCAGGCAACCUCCGAUCUUGGUGUUCUCGGCUGGGACUACCAGAGCUGCACCGAAAUGGUCAUGCCCAUGGGUUCUGAUGGCAUCCACGACAUGUUCCCAGCGGCCCCUUGGGAUCUCAAGUCCUUUAACGAGUAUUGCAAGAAGCGAUGGAAUGUCGUUCCGCGCCCGACUUGGGCCGCCACCUCGUUCGGUGGCUUCAACAUCACCGCUGGAUCCAACAUUGUCUUCUCCAACGGCAUGCUCGACCCGUGGAGCGGCGGCAGCAUCACUCAAAUCCAGUCCCAGACGCUUGUCGUCGUCAACAUCCCCAAGGGCGCGCAUCAUCUGGACUUGCGCAGCUCCAACCCUGCCGACCCGCAGGAUGUCAUUGACGCCCGCAACGUCGAGCGCGCGCAAAUUUCGCGAUGGAUUAGCCGCUGAUCUGACAAUCGUGCGUGCUCUCGUGCUUGUCAUUGAUGUUGUCGUUGUCAGAAUUACGCAGACAUGCUGCACUCCAAAUUUGCUUUUUUUUUCAACCCCAACUGUAAAUGACACCAGA